AUGGCGAACAAAUUGGCAGCAUUUAUGUGUAGAAGUUGUAAUCGCUUAUGGAGUUCUGUUAGUCUUCAAAAUCUCCCAUUUAGGCUAACAUUUGGAACGUUACAGAUACAAAGGUAAUUAAAUAGCUUAAUAAUUAUAAACUAGUGGCUAAACAAGGCUGCGUGAUCAGCCAGUAAGGGUAUUCUCUUCAAAUAUACACAGUUUUUUAUCGACAACUCAUGCAAAGAUUUUUUAACUGAAAGACCUAUUGUCAUUAGAAAAAAAAAAUUUCUUUAUGAACAUCACUUAUGGUUUUCCUUGAGAUGAAUUCUGUUUAGUUGGAGAACAUUGUACUUUGUAUUCAUGAAUGAUCUCACACAACUGCCCGUCAUUGAUGGAAUGUUCCCAGCUCACGUGCAAUCUAUCAACUGAUGUGAUUGCACGUGAGCUGCAGAAACAAAGGUAGCAAAUCUAGCCCUUUGAGAAAUUUGAUUGAGUUGCAUUUUCAAAAGAAACAAUUGAUCGCAAGUUAAAUUUUUAAAGGACUGCUAUGUCAUUACUAUUACCGAUAAUGAAGACCUCUCUUCCAUACCCUUCUUAAGUGCACCCUACGUUUGUUUUACUCAGAUGUUAUGUAAUCAUAUUAAGAUGCAAUGAAUCUGCCAUUAAUUUUAAAGUUUUUCUUGCUUCAUUGAUGUCUGCUGUUAUUCCUCAUUGAUUUCUUGUUUUUAAUAUUAUUUUUUUGCGAACACACUUUUUAACCUCAUUGCUGUGUGGGAAACCGGCUGAAACUUUGCCACAUGGGAGGAAGGGGGGGCUUGAGGGAAGUUUGGACAGAGUUUUACUGCGUAGGUCAUUGAAAUCUGACCCUGUUUGGAGAAAAAAGGGUUUAUGACAAAUAAAAGAGUGCCAGACCUUCUUGCAACCUGAAACUUCUGAUGCAGACAAAUUUCUUUGUUCAAAUUUUGGCAUAUUGAAAGUGGCAAGAGCUUUAAAACAUCAGGUUGACUUUUAAGUAAAGCAGGAAUAUUUGAAACUAAAGCUCUUGACAUUUUCUCCAAGGCCUCUCAGUGAAACACAAGAUUUAUGCGAUUGAAGAAGAACUUUAUUAUGAUGAUGAAGUUAAGACCCAAUUUGAGAGAUUUCAAACAUUUGGAGAGCCAAAAAUAUUCCAUGGGUAUUGUACUACAGAAUACAAAUUUAAUCUGUAGCUUGCUUAAUAAACUCUUUUUUUUUUUCUUUUUUUUUUUCACUCAGAAAUUUAUGCAGCAAAGCAACAGAUGCAAAGGAACAAAUAGAUAGAGAGGAACACCUUGAUCCACCUGCACAUUUAUUGCAGAGCCGUGGAAUGGGAACUCCUGUUCUCGAGGAACACAUACCAGGUAGAGUGCAACCUCAGUUAGUGACCAUAUCCCUGCUGUACAUUUAUUCUUGUGUUAAUCUCUUUGUGUCGACCUCCAUUUUACAUCAGCAAAAGCUACUAAAGUGUGUCCCAAAUGCCAAAAAAUAAAAUAACUUUAAGAAGCUUCAAGCCUAAAAUAGCAACAACACCCUUUGUGGUUGCUUCAUUCUCCUCAGUUCAGAACUGCGAUAAGCCAUUGGUACACUGAUCUUUUAGUCUGACGCACUCCCUUUUUGUUUUUAAUCUGUUUCUUAUUUUAACAGUGCACCCUGAAGUCGCGGAGAUCCUUAGGAAGUCCAAAGGUCGACUAAUAGACGGCAAAUGGCACAAGCCUUUGUACAAUGCCAGAGCGUUAGCAGCUUUAAGAAAUGAAUAUAUAGCUAAAGGCUUCUAUUGGCCAGAGAGACCAAUGCGUGACAGGGGACUGGAUAGAACGCCAAAAGGACACAAGCGAGCAAUUCGAAAGGAGGAAAGGUGAGUUAUUAUAUUUUUCAUGAACCCUUUACACUCUAAUAUCAGUAUGCAUAAUCUCCAUGCUGUUCUCUAAACGUUUACCAAGUAGCUGACAAGGAGAACUUGUUUAACAAUCAAGAGCCUCUUAAGUUGGUGAUCAUUUCCUUUAUUCUUGUUACCUUAACAUGUGAUUCAGGGAUGAUAUUGUAGGGAGAUAUUUGAUGCCAGUCACUCUUAGAGGUCAAAGGAUCAAAGUAAUAUUUUAUCAUGUUGAAUGAAUGCAAGUAACUUGGUGAAGGACUUUUGUUCAUAGCAGUGACUGACAUUUCAAUAACUUCGAUGGAACUCAACAUCGGAGUCAAGUGAUGACAACUUCCAACUCCAAUGAUGACCUCUGCAUAGGUUGUUAAAAUGUCAGUCACUACUAUCGACAACAUUCCUUCCCAGGACCACUCUCACCCGGACAAUCAGACAAUCAUGCUCCCAAGGUCAAACCGUUUACCCUAUUGUGAAGUUUAAAACUACUCCUGCCAUCGCAAAAAUACUGAAUUUCUUCUUCUUAAACUUCCUUUAAGAUAAAUUUUUCAUUUGAUUCCUUAUUCAAAGGCCGAGCUUAAGGGAGUUUGUCAUGGUUGAUGCAAGUGUUUAAUUUGUAAUUGGUGUGAAUAUCCUUCAUCCUUGAAUAUUUUUGUGGCUUUUUAGUUAAGCCUUCCUGUUUUGCCGAUCUGCCCUCCCGUAAGACUGAUAUUUUGCAUGUCUCAGAAAACGACUUGAAAAUUUUACGCCUAGCUCUCUGAAGGGAAGAGAUAAAAAAACAAGCUAUAACACUGCUGGUUUUCUACUCACUUUUUAGGCUAGCAAGAAUUGCGGAAAACAUGGCCAAGAUGCCAGAAAUUGUCGCCGAUUAUCGUGAAAGGAUGCGAGAAAAGAGAGCCAAACUGAAAAAGGAAAAAGAGGAGGCGAGACUGCGGAAAAUUAAUGCGCAGAGGCUUGGUUACGAUGUAAGAGAUCCUCGAGCCCUAAUGGCGAUGAAAGGGGAACUUGCCGACUUAAAGCGGAAAAAUAGAUGGAAGAGGCCAAAGAAAGUGAAGCUGGGAACAAUUGCGUAAAUGAAAAGUUAUUUGAAGUGUACGAAGAAGGGUUAUCUUUCCAGACAAUUUGCUUUUAUCAAUUGAGUCGAUAGAGCGCUUUUUGAUUGAGUGUCGUAAAAGCAAAAUCAAUGUAAUCACGACGGCCAAUCAUGAGAAAGAAAAUAACUGACUAAAGCGCGGGAAAACGCGGGCGACCAAGUCGUGAUUGCUUUCAGUUUUGCAUCUGAUUGGUUGAGGGAGUAGCGCAAGUUUUGCAAUGUCGGAUUACGUUCGACACUCAAUUGAAGAUUGCCAUCGUAAAGGGAUUCUUAAGCUGACGUUUUAGUGUAAUCGUUCUGACGAAGGGCUUGUAAUGCCCUCUACCGACGCAGCACCACAGUUUCUUGAGAAAUUCACUUCCUUUAUUAAUGUGUUAUCUCUCCAGUUGAGUUGCAUCGACAUUAAGACUUCAUCUAUAGGUGCUAACCGUUAGUCGAAGCAGGCCGACGAGAUCGGUCGAUGAGAAUCCUGUAAGAUUCCUUUCCCUAACUUUCAGAUGAAUUAUAUCUGAAAAGUGAAUGCAAUUAAAGGAUGGCAUUGUUAUUUUCGUGAGUACACUUUGGCGAAUUCGCGCUUUUUCUCAUUCAAUGCUUUGAUGGCUUGCCUUGGUUGCAUAUCAUAAUGCAUUAAUGUCGGACCAUUCUACCCGAUGAAAGAAACAGUAACUUGCAAACGUGAUUGUCAUCCUCUGUUUUUACUAAAAUGUUGACGUAUUUCCAUCUCC